AUGUGGAAGACUUCCCUGCUGCCCAAGGUCCUGACUUUGGGGGCCCUGAGCCUCCUGAUUCAAGCCCCAGGGCAUCAUGCAGAUGACCUCACCAGGACCACUGAGUUUGGACAGAUCCAAGGGACUCAAAUCAAUAUCAAGGGGAUUGACAAAGACGUCAAUGUUUUCCUGGGAGUCCCGUUUGCUAAACCCCCUGUGGGGACCCUGAGGUUUUCUCCUCCACAACCACCAGAUUCGUGGAGCAAUGUGAGAGAUGCAACUUCUCAUCCACCCAUGUGUUUGCAGGAUAUCAAUCUCCUAGAAAAAAUAAUAAGGGCCAUGAAAUUGAACAUCCCUAUUACUGCCAAUUCUGAAGACUGUUUGUACCUGAAUAUCUAUGUUCCUGCCCAUGCAAAGGAGAGGGCCAGAUUGCCAGUGAUGAUGUGGAUCCAUGGUGGUGCUCUAGUCUUGGGCAGUGCCUCCAUGUAUGAUGGUUCCAUAUUGUCUGCCUCCCAGAAUGUGGUUGUGGUCAUCAUCCAGUACAGGCUGGGCGUGCUUGGAUUCUUCAGCACUGGGGAUGAGCAUGCACCUGGCAACUGGGGUUUCCUGGAUCAGGUGGCUGCCCUGAGGUGGAUCCAGAAGAACAUUGCCCACUUCGGAGGAGAUCCUAGCCUUGUGACCAUCUUUGGGGAGUCCGCCGGGGGAACAAGUGUUUCCUCACAUGGUUUUCCUCCUGAGUUUAUGCAAUUGAUGAAGGAAGAGUAUUUAAGAGAUAUCGAGGACCGUGAAGAAUAUCGAGCUCAAUUCCAGGAAAUGUUGGGGGAUUUGGUCAUUGUUAUUCCUUCCCUCAAAGUGUCCAGAUAUCAACACAGUUCCAGCUCUCCAGUCUACUUUUACGAAUUUCAGCACCGCCCAAGCGUCCUUAAGGAUGUCAGACCAGAUUUCGUGAAGGCAGACCAUAGUGAUGAGCUGCGUUUUGUCUUUGGGGCACCAUUUUUAGGAGAGGGAACAGAAGAGGAAAAACUCCUGAGCCUCAGGAUAAUGAGCUACUGGGCAAACUUUGCACGUCAUGGGAACCCAAAUGGUGCAGACCUUUUUCAAUGGCCAGUCUAUGACCAGAAGGAAGAGUACCUGCAGCUGAAUUUGCGGUUGUCUGUGGGAAAGAGCCUGAGGAGGGAUAAGUGGGAGUCUGGACCAAGACCUUGCCUCAAAAGGUGA